AUGGCAGCUUCAACAGGCCUAUCUACUGUGCUCAAGGAAAUCGUUCAAGUCUGUCGUGAGGUGGAAUCCCACCUUGCCACAGAAAGCCAUCUCGACAGUGGCGAGGGCGCCCCAGGAAAGAAUACUUUUCCAAUCGGGCUCGAGGGGCCGCGUAAGCAGCUGGCAAAUGCGGCUGCUCAGCUUUCGCAGCUCGUCACGGAUCCGAGAGAGUAUCUCGAGCAGCUCUCGGCGAAUCACGGUUCUAUUGCCUACACCGAUCUCGCAAACCGAGCAAGUGUGCCAGAAUCUCAACUAAAGUCGGUUCUGCGUAUGACUGCAGCUCACGGCUUCCUGGCCGAGGUGACGCCACUGGAAAUUUCUCAUUCUCCCACCUCAGCACUCAUCGCAACGAAUCCAAGUUUCUACGACUGGGCCCGCUGGCUUACCAAUUACUCCGUUCCUUCUGCCUACCAUUUUGCGGAUGCAACGCAGAAAUGGGGAAGGACGGAGGUCAAAAACGAGACUGCGUUCAACAUUGCCAUGAACGUAGAAGUUCCGUUCUUUGGGUAUCUCAAAGAGAACGCAAAGAUGAACAGCAUGUUCUCCUCGUACAUGCGUAAUGUGGCCAGUUCCGAAGCCACAAGCUUCAAGCACAUGAUAUCCGGAUUCGAUUGGGGCGGUCUUACUCCUGGAUCGAAAGUGAUUGACGUUGGCGGUUCUGGUGGUCACGGAAGCCGCGCCCUUGCUAGCGCGUUUCCCGGGCUUAACUUCGUUGUCCAAGACUUGCCAGACACGAUCGAAAACGCUAAAGCGGCCUUGAAUACUGAUGAAUCGAAGCUGCAUGCAGAUCGCGUCAGGUUCAUGUCACACGACUUCUUCACGCCUCAGCCAGUUGUUGAUGGCGACAUCUACUUUCUGCGCAUGAUCAUUCAUGACUGGCCAGAUGAGACCGCCAUCACCAUUCUCGCUCACCUACGUGAUGCCCUGAAAAAGCCAGGAGCAAGAAUCGUCAUCAUGGACACCAUAUUACCUCAGCCUGGCACUGUGUCACUUCUACAAGAGCGUCAACUCAGAGUGCGGGAUCUCACGAUGAUGCAAGUCUUCAAUGCAAAGGAGAGAGAAUACGACACUUGGAAGGCGUUGGUCGAGAAGGUGGGACUCCGCAUCAUUCAUGUGGAGCAGCCUGAGGGCAGUAAUAUGGGAUUGCUAGAACUCGGCCUUGCCGAUGCCACGGACUUGAAGGCGGGCGGGAAUGCUCGGCUUGUAUUUAACGGCAACAUGAAGACUCCAUCGGUGAACUUGAACAUUAAUGGCGCCUCAACCAUUAACGAGUUCGCUCACGGAAGCACGCCAGAGACCUUUGCGGUCAAUGGCAUUCACACUACCGACAAGGCCAGGCCGAAUGGCGACACUACGCACUCGGGCCAAGCUUCCAUUCCCAACGGAGUCAGCGCCAGAAUAUCGACGCGCCCGAUGUAUGCUCGUGAUGUUCUGCCCGUUCUCAUUAUCGGUGCUGGCAUCAGUGGCCUCUGUCUAGCCCAAUAUCUUCACAAGCACGCGAUCCCGUUCGUUGUGUUUGAGCGAGAUCCUUCAAGCGAACAUCGACCCCAGGGCUACCGGCUGAAGCUCGAAGCUGAUGCAGCAGCCGCUCUCCGAGAGAGUCUUACAGCAGAGGUCUACUCAGCUUUCGAGGCCUCAUGCGCCGAGUCCGCCAUUGGCGAGACGGAUUUUGAUCCGAUCAGUGGUGCGUGCAUCAAGAGUCGAGCUGGCGGUGGGCUAGCCGGCGCUCAAGGGCUACGUGCAUCAUACACCGUUGACCGAACUGUUUUCCGAAGGAUCUUAAUGACCGGUAUCAGUGACAAGAUUUACUUUGGGCGGGAAAUCACUCGCUACGAUAUCUGCGAGGACAAUGUGCAAUCUUAUGUCGUCGCAACGUUCAAAGACGGAGCCACAGCUGAAGGAAGAUUCCUUGUUGGCGCCGAUGGAACGAGGUCUGCGAUUCGCAAGCAGCUGGUCCCAGAGCACAAGUUCCUUGAUACUGGCGCUACAUGCAUCUACGGCAAGACUGUAAUGACUCCUGAGCUCCUUGCUCGCUACCCAGCGAGAGCACUGCGCUGGAUGACCGUAGUAGCUGACAGAGCGCCACUGAUCCAAUCAAUCCUGAUUGGCGAAAGCCCGCUCACUCUCCUCUCAGAGCCCAUCAGAUUCUCGCGAGACGAGCCUACUGCCUCGCUUCCCGAAGACUACGUCUACUGGGUCCUUAUCGGCCGCAGAGAACUGUUCACUGAUGCCACCAACACGUCCGCUUCCUCCACAGGACAUGGAGUGAACUCUGACAAGGCAUACAAUACCGAAUCUGCACAAGCCUCAGCAGCCCAAUCUCUCGCGCUCACCGAGGAAUGGCAUCCUAGUCUCCGCUCGCUUUUCGAGCUUCAAGAUGUGUCUCAGGCAUCUACCAUGCGGGUUGUAUCAGCGCCCCCAAAGCUUCCCGUCUGGCCGUCUAAUUCGUGUGUUACACUACUAGGCGACGCCGUCCAUGCUAUGUCACCAUGUGGAGGUGUUGGUGCGAACGUUGCAUUGCGGGAUGCAGCUGAACUUGGAAAGGUGUUUGCUAGCACUGCAGCUUCAAAUGAGGAGGAUGCAAUUCAGAGCGUUGGUGGAAAGGCAUCAGAUCAGCACGAUAUGGCUCAACAGAUUGCUUCUUUUGAAGGAGAACUGCGCAAGCGUGCUUUUGGUGGCAUAAUGCGAAGUUUCGUUGGCAGUAAGGCCAUGUUUGGUCAGAGGACUUUUGAGGAACUUGAUGUUGCCGAGCUCUAG